AUUAACAAUCAAGCCACGAACCCUCCGUCUCGCUUUCUACCUCGUUAUAUUGUAUGCAAUAUGCCCUCCCCUCACUCACUCCAUCUCAACCACUCCUCUCUCUCUCUCUAGCUCUAGCUCUCUCUCCCCUUCAUAUCAUUUCUGAUCAUCAUCAUCGAUUAAUCCUGGAUCCAUCUCCCGGAUUUUCCACUCCUUAAUCCCAAUUUUAUAAAACCCUUCCGAGCAUGUAAUCUUGUAUUCUGCAGAUUUCUAGCUUCAAAACAAAAAAGAAGAAAAAAAAAAAACAUUUUUACUGAAUUCCAUAUAUCCAUCUCUUAUUUGCUGGUUGCAGAUUAAGCUGGAUAUCUUAGAUUCUCGUAUUCCGUAGCCGCAUCUUUAUAAAAACCUACCAAAUAUGUAACUUCACCACCGCCAUAUAUAACAGCACAUCUUUAUCCUCAAAAAAAAAAAAAAAAAAAGUCUUCGAUUACUUCUGAGUAGGAAUCGCGAUCGAUCUGGAUAGAAUUCAGCAUCUCGUGUAGCGCCAACUUUAUAAAAUCCUGCACAGCAUGUAACUGUAGCCGCAUCCACCUUCUAUUGCACAGUUUACUGCUUUUUUCAAAAAAAAAAAAAAAAAAGAGAUCUAGAGAGAGAGAAUGACCGGGGACUACGAAGCUGGGACACCGACGGUGUCUGCACCGGCGACGCCGGGGACACCGACGCCUCUGAUGUCUUCGCUGCGGGUGGACUCACUGUCGUACGAUCGGAAGUCAAUGCCUCGGUGCAAGUGCCUGCCCCUUGACGCGCCCACUUGGGGCGCCCCUCACACAUGCCUCACCGACUUCUCUGUGCCUGAUAUCUCACUCACUCGCAAGCUGGGAGCAGAGUUCGUGGGCACAUUCAUCCUGAUAUUUGCGGCGACGGCGGGGCCGAUAGUGAAUCAGAAGUACAACGGCGUGGAGAGCCUGAUCGGGAACGCUGCGUGCGCGGGGCUGGCGGUGAUGAUCGUGAUCCUGUCGACGGGGCACAUCUCCGGGGCGCAUCUCAACCCGUCCCUCACCAUAGCCUUCGCGGUUCUCCGCCACUUCCCCUGGGUUCAGGUGCCGGCCUACAUUGCCGCCCAGGUCUCCGCUUCCAUCUGCGCUUCCUUCGCUCUCAAGGGCGUCUUCCACCCUUUCAUGUCCGGUGGCGUCACCGUCCCCUCCGUCAACACCGGCCAGGCCUUCGCCCUCGAGUUCCUCAUCACCUUCAAUCUCCUCUUUGUUGUCACCGCCGUCGCCACUGACACUCGCGCUGUUGGAGAAUUGGCGGGAAUUGCUGUUGGAGCUACAGUCAUGCUCAAUAUUCUGGUGGCAGGCCCGUCCAGCGGCGGCUCCAUGAAUCCCGUGCGCACGCUGGGGCCAGCGGUGGCCGCAGGCAAUUACAAGUCCAUAUGGAUAUAUCUGGUGGCUCCCACUCUCGGAGCUAUUGCAGGGGCCGCCAUCUAUACGCUCGUCAAGCUUCGUGGAGAAGAAGAGGAAGUGACCCGCCCGGUCAGGAGCUUCCGCCGCUGACACUCCUCCGUCGUCGUGUAUUGUUGUUAUGGUUGUUGAAUAAAGGCCAGGGACGACUAGACAAUAUACAUAUAUGUAUUGGUUAUGGUGAUCGCCCUGAUGAAUAACUUGCUCUCACACUCCCCACCUGUAACAUCUUCUUCAGGGGAGGGGAAGGGACUUUAUGCUACGAUUAUUAUGAAUGUGGAUUUUUAUUGUGUGUUA